AGACAGCAACGCCACGCAUUGCCGAAAAGACGACAACAAGCACGGGCAAUCUUCUUCAUCGCAAAGCAUUUCUUGGAGCAACUGCCAGCCAUGUCCGGCGUCGACAACUCGGGUGGUUUGAGGAACCGCUUUUCGAGGGAGAACCGGAGCGGUAGGAAGAACGACGACGACGACAACAACAACAGCAGCAGCAGCAGCAGCAUUGAUGGGAAUGGAAACGAAAAGAACGCCUGGGCGGAAUCCGAAAGGCCCGCUGCGUCCCCCGGUUUGGGGGCAACGGUCUGCCUGCUGUCGAUCCUCCGAACCGUUGCCGUGGUUUUGUUCGUGGCGGGGACCCUCCUCCGGACCUCCUUGCUCCACACGGGGGAGGAAUGCUCCAUGACGUACUCCAUGCGGGUCUUUCUCCCGGUCGAGACAGCAUUUKCCCCUUCUUCCCCGGCCUCGGAGCACUACGGCCUCUUCCGGUUCGUCGAUCGCCGGGAUCCCUACUACCACGACCUGGUGCGGAAACAGAACCGCCGGAGGCUCAACGGGGGACCCCCGGUCCUCGGCAGGGGGGACCACUGCGGCAGCGGCGGCAACACCACUACCGGGGGGGCCCRGAACCACGUCGUGGUCUACGUCCCGGGCCACUGGGGGACCUACGACCAGGCCCGGUCGCUGGGGGCCCACGGAAUCGGGCUGACGAGGGCGACGGAUCCCUUUCCGGUGGUGGAGGCCGCGAAGCAACGGAUCCGGGCGGCGGCGGGAGGAGGAGCCACCGGCGAAAACGACGGCGAAGACGACCAUGCAAAAGCCUUUGUCUACCACGUCUACGCCCUGGACUUUGGCGAGCAGGGCGGUGCCCUCCACGGAGGUUUGCUGGACUCCCAGAGCGAGUUUCUGGCGGGCGUCCUCGCGCAGCUCUCGGACGACUGCGGGCUGCGAUCGGCCGAAGGGCCGCCACGAGCAGCGAGCACAACCGCAAGCACCGCCRCAAGCACCGCCACAAGCAGCCUCACCGUCGUGGCCCACAGCAUGGGAGGGAUCGUGGCCAGGAGGGUGUUGGUGGAGCAGCAGCAGCAGCAAAAGCAGAAACAACUACAAAAAGGGUACGAUUCGGGCGACGGCUCCGACUUUCGGGUACACCAAAUGAUCACGCUGGCGACGCCUCACUCGAAUCCGCUCUACGCCUUUGACAAAUCGGUGGCGGACUAUUACCAAAAGUGGCUGCGGUUUCCCCCUCGCCACGGGGAAAGUGAGAACGAAAACGACAACGACAACGAAAGAGCUCCACUCAUGGUCUCCAUCGUCGGGGGGCUCCGGGACGAAAUGAUCGAGCCGGCGGCCUGCUACCUCGAUGGUCCGAAUUCCGAGACGAUUUUGGCCACCAAACUUCUUUCCUCCGGACCCCGGCCAUCCGAUGCCAACCAGGAGACAACGACAGCGGCGACGCCAACGAAAGGCCUGGGCAUGGAUCACCGUGCGAUCGUUUGGUGCCACCAGCUCCUGGAAGAAGUUCGUGAGAUUUUGUGGUCUUUCAUCGACACCGGAGGGACAGGUAGCCGGGAUCGGCUGCACGGGUCCUUGGAACGUUUUUCGGGGGGAAGCAACAACGACCAGCAAUCGUCGGUGCGGUUCGCGAGGGAUCUGGAAGAACUGAACCAGGACCUGGUGGAAUUGUUCGGAAGCCUGGCCUCGGUUUGCAUGCAGGCCUCCAUGCUCUACAACCUUCCGUACUUGUUGGCCCUGUAUGCGGUAUUGGUGGUCCUGUCGUGUGCCGUGGCGGCUUUUCCAUCUGGAUCCGUCGUUUUCGGGACUCCGGCGCUGCCCCCGACCGAGCUGCUUCCCCUGGGGGGCACGGUGGUCCUGGGAUGGGUGUUUCGCGGCGGCGAUCUGCUGGGUUCGACGACUUUGAUCCUGGCCCUGGUGGCCGAUUCCGUUCGCCUGCUUCUGGUCCAUCUCCUGGGCAAGCUGUGCGGGAGGGAUCACAAACCCCGCUCGCGGAAUCCCUUUCGGACCCUGGGGCGUGCCCUGCUCUCUACCGUGCUGGCCGUCUCCUUCCUUUCCACCGGGGCCUUCUGCGGUGUCCAGCGGUUCGGGAGCGAGGGCCUUACCGAGUUCCUGGCCUUGUGGGCCCCGCGGGAUCUCGUGGCUUUCGUCGUCUAUUGUUGCGUCGCGACUUCGAUCUGCACCCUAUCGCUGGCGGGCAUGGGGUGUGCCUGCGACGACCGUGGCGGUGCCUUUGCCUUCGAGGCCCACCUGGUGGCCCUGGUCGUGCUGGUGGUUCCCUUUCUCGCCGCGGGUCCGCUGGCCCUGGCGGCCUGGGAGCGAGGCACGCGGCCGAGCUCCUGGUGGACCCUGCUCUCGCUGCAGGUCCCUGUGGGAGCCCGGGCCCUCCUCCGGGCGGCCUCCUCCGCCGCCCGUGCGGGGAAUGGCAAGCCUCGAGACCGGGGUGCUAGGACCACGGGUUCUCCCGGGGGGCGCCCCCGAGCGAAUCCGGGGACGCCGAGGGAUUUCCGCAACCGGAAGCUCUCGCUGGCACGCUCCGCGGCGCUGGUCCUCGCGGCCUGCUGGAUGUGCUGCCGAGAACCCGGAUUGCUUUCCCGCGGAACCGGCUACCUCGUUCCGCAAAUGGCCGAGGUGUUGGUCUGGGUCGACGCGGUCUAUGUCGUUGCUGCUGCCGGGAACGCAUCUUAGUCGAAACAACCUUUUUGGGUGCCCGGGUUCCGGGGCUCGGAAAACACACGGAAGAAUUUUUGUCGGACACGAUUUUUUAACGAACAGAUCACUGGAAUUGUUGCACCAAAUAGAUGACGAAGCCGUUGCAUUGACGAGCAUUGAGUAUCUGCUAAAGUACUGGUCUUGCCGUAGCACGUAUUACUAUCGAUAGUGGAUCGGAUUCGGCACAAGAAAUGCCCCGGACCGAAAGCUCAAAGUUGGCUUGUUACGUGUAUUMAGUAGUGUCGUCAAUAAACGCUAAUCUCUUCUGUGUAGGUUUGAAAAGAUGUUUUCGCAACCUUAGUACGAGCUUCAGUCUUCGAGUGUGGGUCAGGAAACCAAUGUAUAUGAUAUAACCUAUAAUACGGGCUAUUGGCAAGAAUGGGUACGAGUAGCAUCUUCUCACUACGAAGCACUGUUAGUUUGAACGAUUCAAUGAAGCCUUUUGCUCUUCCAGUGUAAAUGUUGAAAGCAUUCUUCGCAUCUUCCAGCCAUCGGAGUCUUCAGGCUGUUUUCUCAUAGCGGGAUCUAUCGCCUCCACUUCAAGCAGAAAUC